UGGUCGUCGGAGCGACGAUCGGCGGCGGCGGCGGGGAUCUGUCUGUUUACGCGGGGUGGCGGGUGACUUGUUUGUGAUGCCGCGCUCGGAACGGACACCGACGGCUCUCGCCGGAGGCCGUGGGAGCACGCGCUGAGGCGUGGACGCUCCCUGUGAAAUGCCCGCCGCUGUCCGGCUCGCGGAUCCACAGCCUGCAGCCGCCGGACCCCUCGGCAGUGAGAGACCUGAGCGGCGAUGACGGACAGCUGUUGGUCGUCGACUGUGCGGCGUUAGCGGGCUGACGAUGAGCUGCUGGCGCGGCGACACACGCUGUGCCGUUGACCACGACUGCCAGAGGAGGAAGAGGAGGAUGAGGAGCGGCUGAGAUCUCUCCUCUUUGCUCCCCGUGUUGUGAGAUGAUCGUGAUAAUGAUGAUGAUGAUGAUAAUGAUGAUGAUGCCUCAUUUUGGCCGAACGUGUGGCUCCCACCACCGUCAAGGUUGAAACGUUUUUGUUUUUUAUUUGCAAAGCACAGGUGCCUGGAGAUCGUAGGUGCCGACAUGGGACCUUUCUUUCUUUCUUUCUUUCUUAUCUUUGGUUUUGUGUCGACGCUCAUCGCAGGAGGCGACCACAGGAGUACAGGAAGCAGAUCGGCCGUAACGUCUCUGAUGUGGAUCUGAUGGCGCUGCGCUAUGAUCUCCGGGGACCUUCCGAGUCGUGUAACGCAUUUACUCCAUCCACAAGGCGCGCUGCCGCGCAACCUCUCCGCGGAUGAGCGCUAAUUGGGCCCCGAUGAUGUAGAGCCAAAUCCACCUGGAUCGAGCCCUGCUUCCCCCCCUGUGACUUGUCAUGUUCAAUUGAUUUCAUUUUUUUAUUAUUAUUUUCUUUUUCCCCGAAGGAUUUUUGUGUAAAUAUAUUUAGAUUGUCCCCAAAGAUGAACAGCUCACUUCGUAUGAGACAUUUAAACCGAGUCAACCUUGUGAUUGAAUAGCCCCCACCAUCCCCCACUCCUCCCCCUCACCACGUCAGUGGAGCAAAACUUUUCCUGUGUGAUUGUUUAUCCGUUGCGUCCUCCACAAUGUCCAGAUCGAACAGCGUCAGCCCGCCCGGACUCGGUGCGCCCGGGCUGAGGGGAGGGACCGAGCACAGAUCAGCCUGGGGAGAGGCUGACUCUGUGGCCAACGGGUGCCCAUACUCAGCCAGAUCCCCGCGCAACAAGCUCACCCGCACCAACAGCCGCUGGAGGCAGCAGCAGCAGCAGCAGGGGGAGGAGGAGGCGGAGGAUGUCGAUCCGGAGCGCCGGCCUCCUCCGGGGCGAGCCUCCACGACCGUCAGCAGCAGGGUCAGCUUCAGGUCCCGCUCGGCUUGGCAGGACCAUGGCGAGGAGGAGAGCCGCGGCAACAGCAACCCCGCGUCCGCGAAGCGCGCCGACCCGGCCGAGGUGAGACCCAAGUCCGUGGAGCUGGGUCUGGAGGAGCGCCGAGCCAGAUCGCGGAGCGACAACAACAGGGGCGAGCGGGAGGGGGACGGGGUCAUGCCGGAGGUGAACGUCUCCCUGGUGGCGUGCUGCGUCAGCGUCAUGCACGUCUUCAGGUCCAAGAAGUUCCAGUCGGAGAAGCUGGAGCGGCUCUACCAGCGCUACUUCUUCCGCCUCAACCAGAGCAGCCUGACCAUGCUGAUGGGAGUGCUGGUGCUGGUCUUCACCGUCAUGCUGGCCUUCCACUGCUCCGGCGCGCCGACGGUCACCUACGUGGUGGUGUUCUCCCUGGCCAUCUUCCUCACGCUGGCGCUCAUGGUGGUGUGCAACCGGAACGCGUUCCACCAGGACCACAUGUGGCUGGUGUGCUACGCCGUCAUCCUGCUGGUGAUCGUGGUCCAGGUGAUCGGCGUGCUGCUGGUGCGGCCGCGGAGCGCCUCGGAGGGGAUCUGGUGGACCGUGUUCUUCAUCCAUGUCAUCUACACGCUGCUGCCCGUCAGGAUGCGCGCCGCUGUCAUCACUGGAGUUAUUCUCUCCGCCAUCCACGUGGCCAUUUCUUGGAUGUUAAACGGAGUGGACAGCUUUCUGUGGAAACAGAUAGUCUCCAACAUCCUGGUGUUCUCCUGCUCAAACAUUGUAGGAGUGUGUACGCACUACCCGGCCGAGGGCUCCCAGAGGCAGGCCUUCCAGGAGACCAGGGAGUGCAUCCAGGCUCGCCUCCACUCCCAGAGGGAAAACCAGCAGCAGGAGCGCCUCUUACUCUCGGUACUUCCUCGUCAUGUUGCCAUGGAGAUGAAAGCUGACAUAAAUGCCAAGCAGGAGGACAUGAUGUUUCACAAGAUCUACAUCCAAAAGCACGACAACGUCAGCAUCCUGUUUGCUGACAUCGAGGGCUUCACCAGUCUGGCGUCGCAGUGCACGGCGCAGGAGUUGGUGAUGACGCUCAAUGAGCUUUUCGCCCGCUUUGACAAGUUGGCAGCGGAGAACCACUGUCUGCGGAUCAAGAUCCUGGGCGACUGCUACUACUGCGUGUCUGGGCUGCCAGAGGCCAGAGCCGAUCACGCCCACUGCUGCGUGGAGAUGGGGCUGGACAUGAUUGAGGCCAUCUCGCUGGUGAGGGAGGUGACCGGGGUGAACGUGAACAUGCGCGUUGGCAUCCACAGCGGCAGGGUGCACUGCGGGGUGCUGGGACUCAGGAAGUGGCAGUUUGACGUCUGGUCCAACGACGUCACGCUCGCAAACCAGAUGGAAGCGGGAGGCAAGGCCGGGCGCAUACACAUCACAAAGGCCACCCUGAACUACCUGAACGGGGAUUACGACGUGGAGCCGGGAGCAGGAGGAGAGAGAAACGCCUACUUGAAGAGGAGCAACAUAGAAACCUACCUCAUUGUGGGCUGCAGUCAGAAAAGGAAAGAAGAAAAGGCGAUGAUUGCCAAAAUGAGUCGACAGAGGACCAACUCCGUCACCCACAACAGCGGCCACUGGGCUGACCGUGCCUUCCACAACCACAUCUCCAAGGAGAUGAAGAGGAUGGGUUUUGAGGAUCCCAAAGACAAGCAUUUUAUUUUCAGGAACACGCAGGAAAACCUGAACCCGGAGGACGAGGUGGACGAGUUCCUGGGCAGGGCCAUCGACGCGCGCAGCAUCGACCGCCUGCGCUCCGAACACGUCAAAAAGUUCCUGCUCACCUUCAGAGAACCCGACCUGGAGAAAAAGUACUCCAGACAGGUGGACACCAGGUUCGGCGCGUACGUGGCCUGCGCCGCCCUCGUCUUUUUCUUCAUCUGCUUCAUCCAGAUCGUCAUUGUGCCGACCUCCAGUCUGAUGAUCGGCUUCUUCAUCACGUGCUUCAUCAUCCUGACGGGCGUCAUGUUCAUCUCAGCUGUGUACUGCUGCUUUGGAAUCUUCCCCGCUCCUCUGCAGACUCUUUCCAAAAGUAUCGUCCAGUCCCGACUCAACAGCACCUUGGUGGGUGUCUUCACCAUCAUCAUCGUCUUCCUGUCCGCUUUCAUUAACAUUUUCACCUGCAGCAGUCACGACCUGCGGAGCUGCAUCGAGUCGGAGCUCAACAUCAGCCGGGACCUGGUGGACGCCUGCCACGCUGUCCUCCUCAACUACAACCUGGACACCCAGCACGGCUCCUGCGGAGACGACGCCCUCAUCUGCAGCUUCCCUGAGUACUUCACCUGCUGUGUGCUGCUCAGCCUGCUGGCCUGCUCCGUCUUCCUGCAGGUCAGCAGCAUCGGGAAACUCUUCCUCAUGCUCUUCAUCGAGCUGCUCUACCUGCUCAUCAUAGAGGUGCCUAAAGUGAGCCUCUUCGACAACCAGGACCUGCUGGUCAUGGCAAACGCCCUGAAUUACACCAAACCAGAAAACGGCACAAGGUGUUUGGUGGACAACAAGGUUCCUCUGAAGAUCAUGACCCCCGUGGUGAUCACCGUCUUCGUCCUCGCCCUUUACCUUCACGCCCAGCAGGUGGAGUCGACGGCCAGGCUGGACUUCCUCUGGAAGCUGCAGGCCACAGAGGAGAAGGAGGAGAUGGAGGAGCUGCAGGCCUACAACCGCCGCCUGCUCCACAACAUCCUGCCCAAAGACGUGGCCGCUCACUUCCUGCAGCGCGAGCGGCGCAACGACGAGCUCUACUACCAGUCCUGCGAGUGCGUCGCCGUCAUGUUCGCCUCCAUCAGCAACUUCUCCGAGUUCUACGUGGAGCUGGAAGCCAACAACGAAGGAGUGGAGUGUCUGCGGCUGCUCAAUGAGAUCAUCGCCGACUUUGAUGAGAUCAUCAGCGAGGAUCAGUUCCGUCAGCUGGAGAAGAUCAAGACCAUCGGCUCCACGUACAUGGCGGCUUCCGGUCUCAACGACUCCACGUACGACAAGGCCGGGCGCUCGCACAUCCGCGCCAUGGCUGACUACGCCAUGCGGAUGAUGGACCAGAUGAAAUACAUCAACGAACACUCCUUCAACAACUUCAAAAUGAAAAUAGGUCUAAACAUUGGCCCAGUGGUUGCUGGGGUGAUAGGGGCCAGGAAACCCCAGUACGACAUUUGGGGGAACACAGUAAACGUAGCGAGCCGCAUGGACAGCACAGGCGUCCCGGAGAGGAUCCAGGUGACGGCGGAUUUGUACCAGCUGCUGAACUCCUACAACUACACACUGGAAUACCGAGGCGUCGUCACCGUCAAAGGCAAAGGAGAGAUGAUGACCUACUUUCUCAUGGCUGGACCCCCCGGCAGUUAACCUUUAACCUUUACUAGGUGACAAUCAGACCCAUGGGAGGUUGCGCACCUUCUCUCGUAACGAGCUGGCUUACAGAACUCUGAUAGCUUUGGGCAGAUGGAGGGUUUUCCCCUCACGCUCCUUGAACCGGUCGACGUCGAAAGGACAGAAGGAUUCUUCCUUCUUUUUUUUUAUUAUUUUUUUUCAGGAGGAGCUCAUGGGCGGCCGAGGGCACGUCUGCUCGAGUCUGAAUUUUUGACCAAAGAUGUCCAAUCGGAGUGCAAAGACAGAUUCGUCCAGCUCGGCCCUGACAGAAAACAAAAAGAAAAGGAUCCUGGAAGAAACUUGCCCAGUCGGGUUCUCCGAGGGGAUUCUUGGACAAAACCUGCAGGGUGACCCGAGCUGUCGCUUCCUCUCCUGCUCUCUUCCUUUUUUUUCCCUGCUGAUUCUGAACACUAUGUACAUGUAAAACCCAGAAAGUUUUAUGUGUAUGUGGAUGACUUUAUGUACUGUUUGUAUGAUAUUUUGGUCCCGUUGCUGUGGUACAGAUGCAGAUUUCUCAAUUACGGACACAAAGCCAGCAGCACUGCAGUCCUCGCUUGUUAGUGCGUCCAUCUCUCCGUCAAUCAGCACCGGACGACCUGCGCGCUUCACAAAAGUGUUCACACCCCGUGAACUUCCUCACGUUUUGUCACUUUAGAGAAUACAAAAGUUUAUUUCUAAAAAGAUAUAUGUAAUAAACCAAGACCGAGACAGGGAUACGUGUGAAAUUGAAGUGAAAGGAAGGAAAACAGUUUUGCAAAUAUCUGAAGAGUGUGGAGUGCCCACGUCAAUAUUUUGUACAAACGCCAGCUGCAACCAACAUAUAAACUCUAAAAUGUUUUACCUUCUUUUUCCAAAAUGACCCGAGCUCAUUUAUAUUUGAAUUAAGUUUUACUGCAAUUGUUUUUAUCAUCAGAGAUUCUUUAUCAGUUUUAGCAUUAGCUUUGGGAUGCUACAUUUGUUGGAAGGAAACUUCAAGUCUUUUGGUGCUUUUAAAAGGCUUUACUUCUUUCAACCUGCUGGACAAAAACAUCGCCACAGUAUGACUGCCACCGCCGUGCUUCUUUAUGGGGUGAGCGUGCCCAACAUAAUGUGUUGGAUAGCUGAACUGCCACACAUGGUGUUUUGCAGGUAGUUAAAAAUGUAACAGCAUCUUCUUCCACGUGUCCACAUGUCCCUCAUGGGCCUCUGUACUGCUUGUUCUCUUGCCACUCAUCUUUAUUCACCAGCAGGGGAACCUCUGGAGGCAAUCGAGCUUUUUUCCCCUUUAGAAUAGAAAGAAUUUAGCAAUUUCUAUUUGCACUCCCAGUAAAUCCCCAUCGACGUCUGACGUUGUGAAGUGGCAAAACGUGAAAAGCCAGACGGGUAUGAAUACUUUUCUUUUUGGUACUGUAUGAGUUACUGCACACUGUUUGUCUCAUGGGUGAGGGGAUAUCACCCCUAUAGUAUAUAGAUUAUGUUUAAUAGAAGAGUCCAACAGUGUUUAUAUGAAGCUUCCCGUUAGCCUCAUUCCUCUCAACCCUGCAACACGAAGAUGUUUAAAAAACCCAACCUUUUCUACUCCUAAAGAGGUUUUGUAUUUUGACUCCAAAACACCAACCCUACGAGAUAUUUAAAGAUUAUAUAUUUUCUACAUUCAUAUAAUACAGAGCUAUGUAUAAACUACAGUGUGUCUCCACAUGUGCACACAGCAGAAACCCUCACUGGUGUUGCCUGAUUCCCUCUCCCCUCCUGCUCUUUUCAACAAAUCGAGCAUACUUUUUUUUUUUUUAAAUCUGCAGGAAGUCGACUGCUGGCUGAUUAGAAGCGGCCGACGAUCUCCCCUUUAAUGUGUCUCAAUGUCACAGCAGAGAGGAAAACGCGGUCGAAUCACUAGAUGGAGCGAAAGGCGUCAGCCGUGGUGCUCAGGCGCCAUUUUGCACUCCGGUGCUUUCAGCCGUCCACGCCGCCCCGCGCCGCCUGCAGGCCCCCGUUGUUUGCUCGGUUCGGUGGUACGACACAAUGAAUGUCCAAUGUUCUCCAAUGAGGCCUUUAAUGCGGACUCUAGAGCGACUACCAUGAUGAUGCUCAGCCUGUUGACAGAGACGGAUUGAAAAUGUGCACUUUUGAAAUCUGCCGUUUGUUUGUUUUUUUCUUCUCUCAUCAAAGCAGUUUUUCUUUCAGUAUUGCUUCUUUGCUCCACAUUGCUUUCUCUCACAUGCGCAACUUUCACCCGUUGCUUGGAUGAGUCAGACUACAGUAAUGUAAAAUUCUUCGGGAUGGUGUCAAACUUUCACCUCAGAAUAUAAAAUAGCACUUAGAUAUGAAAAUCUUCCAUCUAAAAUUUGCAAAUAUAUGUCAAUAUAUGAAAGGGGUGAAAUUAAAUAAUAAAAAAAAAAUCUGUAAUUUGUUAGCCAUAAUCUUUUGCUGACCUGCCAGACUAGACUUCUUCCCACACAAAAACUGCAAAAAUUUACUUUCUCACUUUAAACAUUAGCAGCUUUUGCAAACAUCCAUAAAUUAUACACUGAUAAUUGAAAAAUAAUUAAGUUUUAUCUUUACGAGCCCUUCAGGAAGUUCUCAGUGUUAUGAGCCAAAAGAAAAGGCAGUAACUAUAGAGAACUAUAGAUAAGUGGAAUCCAGAGAUAAAAUUUCAGACUUGCAUUCCUCAUGUUUCACAUCUGGAAUAAAUCUAUUCACACACAAGCAAUAAGAACAUAUCAAGGCUUUUAAGAGUUAAAAAUCGCAAAAGGUUUUCUGUCAUAACAUUCAACAGAAACCUCUGAGUGUGGAAAUUAAAGCAGAAAAACCCUUUUUAUACGGUUGAGGUAAAACAAACUGAAUCAGCUGAAAUAUGUUUGUUAUGCUCAAUUUUCUGUACAAUAUAAACUUAAAACUACUAAAAAAUUCAGAAGUAUAUGAUCAUGUUUUCUUUUGUAUCAAAUUCUAGUUAUUAACUCUAAUUACAUGCCAAAUAUUUUUUUUAUUACCAAGUCAAUUUUACAUUACAUAGUUAUAAUUUGUAUUAAAAUGUGUGUAAAAAAAAAAAAAGGAAAAUUGUAAACUUUUUCAACUUUAUUGAAGGUUAUCAAAGAUCUUAAGCGUCUCACCCCAGCCGUACUGAUUUGGUUACUGGCAAUAAGGAAAAAAAAGUUUAUUUUACUUUUCUGGUAGGAUAAAAUGGGUAAAUCAAUAUUUUAAGCCUCUGGAAAAUAAAACUGCAAUAUGCUACCCAGGUGAUUAUUGCCUCAGUAACCUGCUGUUCUGCUGCUGCAACACAACUACACUUUUCAAUGCCGUUUUAUUUGACUCGCUGAAUGUUGUGCCAAAUUGAUCCCAUGCUUGUGUUUUUUCAUUUUUUAUUUGCUUGAGCUUAAAUGCUUUACACCUACUUAUUUGUCACACAACGACCCGGACAUGAAGCAUCUGUGACUAAAGCAGCUCCAGAGAGAAAACGAUGGGGUGUUUCUGUUGUCACCAUUUUUCUUUCUUUUCUUUUUUUACAGUAAAAUAAACUGCUGAGAUGUUUCACAGGUACAUAUCAGCCUUUUUCUUCCAUGUUUUGCUUGUAACUGAUCAACUCAGUCUUGUGUGUAAAAACAGGUGUGUUGGUAUACCAGUGUGCACCUGACUUCUACCAGCAGAUGGCAGCAGAGCUCCAUCAUGUGUAUGAAGGAUUAAAGCUUGGAAAACAAGA